GAUAACAAAAGUUUAGCCACAGCAGAUGAGUCUCUAAACUCAACAGCAUGGUUUGCUCAUUUGUUCAGUGCUUUUGAAAAAUGUUAAGUUUUGUUUUUCUGACAAUAAGCAUAAUUAAUUUCCUCUCCAAUGCCGUACCUCAAGUUUUAGGUUAUGACCUGGGAGCCUCUUGUGAUUACGAUGAGGAUUGCAUUGCUGAUCACUCGUACUGCCGUAACCAGCAAGUCUGCCAGUGCCGGAUAGGGUUCCAGCCAUCACCAGAUGGCAUUACUUGUCUUGCUACCGUUGGAGCUAGAUGUCACACAAAUUUCGACUGCAUGACACUGCCCCAGUCAGAAUGUCGACAGGACGUCUGCCAGUGUCAGAUGAACUUCGUUCCAGACGCAACAGGAGCACAAUGUUUGGCUCGUGUGCCGGAUAUAAAGGGACUGUGCCAGCUGGACAACCAGUGCCAGGCGAGUUUUGGUGACCAGAGCCACUGCUAUGCCGGCCGCUGCGAGUGUAUGAUGAGACAUCACUUCUUAAAUGGCCGCUGUUUUUUAACUAGAGAUCUUAACGAGUUCUGCGGCAACUCCAGUGAGUGCUACAUCGGACCUGACUACACCAACGUUGUGGAGUGUGUGGGACAGAAAUGCCAAUGUGUCACAGGUUACUACAUCGACGAGUACCACAAAUGCAAAAGAUCAGCUGGAGUUACGACUCUACCAACAGUCUUUAUUCUACUGGCCAAUCUCACUUUCAUAUUCAUACCUUUUGUACUGUACAAUAAAUCAUUCAUUUAAUAACA